AUGAGCAACCCUCAGCCCUUAGAGGAGGAAAAAUAUGAUAUGUCGGGCUCCCGUCUGUCCCUGACACUGUGUGUCACCAAAGCCCGGGAGGGUUCUGAGGAAGACAUGGAUGCCCUGAAACGCAUGUUCCAUCACCUAAAUUUUGAAAGCACCAUGAAGUCAGACCCCACUGCUGAGCAAUUCCUGGAAGAGUUGGACAAAUUUCAGCAGACCAUAGAUAAUUGGGAAGAGCCUGUCAGCUGUGCCUUUGUUGUGCUCAUGGCACAUGGCGAGGAAGGCCUCCUCAAGGGAGAAGAUGAUAAGAUGGUCAGGCUGGAGGACCUUUUUGAGGUCUUGAACAACAAGAACUGCAAGGCCCUGAGAGGCAAGCCGAAAGUGUACAUCAUUCAGGCCUGCAGAGGAGAGCACAGAGACCUUGGUGAAGAAAUGGAUGGAGAUCAGGUUGCUGUGAUCAGGAAGAGCCAUCCCCAAACCAUCCCAACCUAUACAGAUACCAUUCACAUCUACUCCACAGUAGAGGGGCACCUCUCCUAUAGACAUGAGGAUGAAGGCUCUGGCUUCAUACAGACCCUGACAGAUGUGUUCAUAAACAAAAAGGGGCCUAUCACCGUGCUGCUGGAAGAGAUAACCCGGCGUAUGGCAGAAACGGAGGUGAUUCAAGAAGGGAAGCCAAGGAAAGUGAACCCCGAGGUCCAAAGCACCCUCCGGAAGCAACUCUUUCUGCAGUAA